AUGGGGGGAAAAAAAGGAUUUAAAAAGCGACAAAAACUACUUUUUUCCUUUCCCUUUUCCCUUUCUUUCUCUCUUUUUUCUAAAGUUAAUAAAGAUAAUAAAAUGUCUGCACCCUAUGAUCCUUAUAUCCCUAACAAAAACAGAAAUGAAGAAGGUAACAACAAAACAGCUCGAGUUCAGCAACAAGUAGACGAAGUUGUUGGUAUCAUGCAAGAGAAUAUCGACAAGGUGAUGCAAAGAGGAGAAAGAUUAGAUGAUCUUAGAGGCAAAACAGGUAAAGUUUUUUCAGACUCACAUCACGCUUCUUAUUCACCCACACAAAUAGAGGAUUUACAAGCAACUGCGGGUCAUUUCCGUCGUGGUGCUAACCAAGUGCGUAAGAGAAUGUGGUGGAAGGAUUUGAAAUGGAAGAUUAUUAUUGCUGUUACCAUCUUGGUUAUUCUUGGUAUCAUCAUUGGUUCAAUUGUUGGUACACAGACACACAGCAAUACCACUACUACUACUGUCGUUACUACAACUGCCGCUGCACCAACAGCUACUGGUGCAUAAAAGAAAGAAAAUGCCAUAUACACUAUAUAACUUACUUUAAUCUUCACCUAUUUAUAGUCCCCCUUUACAGUGCCUGCAGCGGUUUUUGUGUCCAUAACUCAAUUGCGGGAAACGAAUCUGCAGAAAUAAAAAACAAAAAAACUGCAAAAAAAAACUUGAAGUGUUUAAUUUAACUGAUAUUACCUUUGUCUAUCAUAAUUU